CCCGGUGUCGACGGCGUUAGGACGACGGAUCCGCAUUGUCACUAUGCCACGCUGUCUCAUGGCGAAGAAGUGGAAGUGGAAUCAGUGGCAGGCGCGCGUGGACGAGCAGAGCGAGCAGAAGGACGCGACGCCGCUCGGGGCCGCGCUGCAGGAGCAGCAGGCGCAGCAUCACGCUCUGCACCAGACCGCGGACGCGAUGGAGAAGCGGCCGCACAGGCAUGAGCCCGAGGACGAGGAGAUCGACGUGGUCGGGGACGUCGAUAAUCACCAGGUCGAUCACCAGCAGACUUGUUGGGGGCCGCACAGUCCCACAGCGGGGGCCACGGCCCCCAGUCCGCCACCCCUCAAUGCCUCCGGCGCCCUUUACUAUCACGGCUACACGCACGAGGCGUGGAUCAAUCACGAGGAGCCGCCCAAAUACGCGACGUUGCGCUCUGCAGCGGAGCUGGCGCGUCCGGUAGCACCAUCGCCGCCACCGCCGCCGCCGGUCACGCAGCAGGAACUGCCGGUGUCGGUGCUGGUCGGGCCAGGUCUACACCAAGCGCCGUCGCACCAGGUGACGGUCGUUGCCACGAGCCCGUCAUCGUCAUCGCCACCGUCGUCCUCGUCGUCCUCAUCGUCCGCCACAGCGUCGCUAUGCCUACCGCCGCGAAAGAGCCUCUCGAUGUCCUUCACCAGCACCGGCACGGCGCUGUCCCUACCGCCGAAGAAGAAGGACAUCUACCGUCCCUACAGCCUGCAACCGAUCUCGGAGAUACGCACGUCCGCCGAGGAGGAUCUGUCUGCCGCGCAGGCCAUCCUGGAUCUAAGCGCGUCGCCCGCCGCACCCACGCACUCCGUUUUUAUUCACACCCUGUCGCCACCGCCGCCACCGCCGCCGCCGCCACCACCACCACCACCACCGCCCGCCGCUGUUUCUGUUGUUGCUACACCGAACGUGCCCGCGUCGCAACAGCAGCAGCAACAGCAGCAACAACAGCAGCAGCAGCAGCAGCAGCAGCAGCAAGAACAGCAACAACAGCAACAGCUACAACCGGUACCGACAGCGGGUAUACAAUCCAUACCGGUUUCCGUGCUCGUGCCGGUGCCCAGCUCGCAGACCAGUCAGCUGCGCCAACAGGAGCAAACGCCACCACAGCCGCAGUCGCCCGCAACCGCGGAAGUUACCGUUGGAAACUGCAACGUCGGCAGGGAUAGCACCACCACCGGCAGCAAGACUGUCGCCUACACCUACGAGGCCUUCUUCGUGUCCGAUGGUCGAUCGAAACGACGCGGCGGCAACGGCGGCGGCGGCGGCGGCGGCCCGGACAGGCCCAAGUUCACGUGCACCGAGUGCGGUAAGCAAUACGCCACGUCGUCGAACCUGUCGCGGCACAAGCAGACCCACCGCAGCCUCGACUCCCAAUCGGCCAAGAAGUGCAUCCACUGCGGCAAAGCGUACGUCAGCAUGCCCGCCCUGGCGAUGCACGUGCUCACGCACAAGCUCGCCCACAGCUGCGGCGUCUGCGGUAAGAUGUUCUCGCGGCCCUGGCUGCUGCAGGGCCACCUGCGCAGCCACACCGGCGAGAAGCCGUACGGGUGCGCCCACUGCGGCAAGGCGUUUGCCGAUCGCUCAAAUCUGCGGGCGCACAUGCAGACGCACUCGGCCGACAAGAAUUACGAGUGCUCGAGGUGCCACAAGACCUUCGCCCUCAAGUCCUAUCUGAACAAACACUUGGAGUCGGCGUGCCUGCGCGACGAGGAGAUGCAGCAGCAGCAACAGCAACAGCAGCAGCAGCCGCAGCAUGCCGGUAACAACGCCACGCAGCAACAGAACACCAAUCGAGGCUUGUAGCAGCGCUUCGAGAACGAGAACAACGACGUCACGAGGAUCGAGGACCCGAGAGAAAGCUAGCGGUGCCCCAUGAUCGCCGCUUGAUCGCAAAGAGGUGCGAAGGUACGAAGAGCGGAGGAGAGGAUAUAAGGUUUGCCGUAGAUUUUAAGUAGAAAAGUGCCAGUAGAGACAGAAAAAAGAGCUAGGGAGGGAGGGGGGAGAGAGAGAGAGAACGAGUGAAAGAG